UUCUCUACCACUAUAAAUCCACUCCCAAGAACGAAGAAUCAUUCACAUUAAACUCAUCUGGAUCAAUUACAACGUUAGUCAUGGUUCUUGAUUUUCCAACUUUCUUAGCCACUUUUUGCUUUCUCUUUGCCUUGCUCUACCUUUCAUGGAGAUCCAAGAUUUUUCAUUCAUUCACCAAGAAAAAGACUCUGCCGCCGGAAGUUGACGGUGCGCGGCCGAUUCUCGGCCACCUCCGCCUACUCGGCAGCGGGGGUAUUCCUCUCGGCCGGAAACUGGCGGCGAUGGCGGAUAAAUACGGCUCCGUUUUCACCCUCCGCCUUGGGAUGUACCGGAUCCUGGUGGUUAGCAGCUGGGAAGCCGUGAAGGACUGCUUCACCACCAACGACAAAGUCAUGGCGGCCCGCCCGGAUUUCGCGGUCGCGAAAUACCUCGGCUACAACUACGCCGUGUUCAGCCUCGACACCGACAGCCCGUACUGGCGGAAAAUGCGGAAGUUCGCCGUGACGGAGUUGCUGUCGUCGCAGAAGCUCGAGAAGCUCAGACACCUCCGCGUGUCGGAGGUGGAGACGAGCCUGAAAGAGCUCUACAUGCUGAUCACAAGCUCUUCCUCGGCGAAAACCGUAGACAUGAGCGAGUGGUUCGGGCAGUUGACGUUGAAUUUGAUCGUGAAGAUUGUCGCCGGGAAGCGGUUCAAGUUUAAGGUGAAGGAAGACGACGAUUGCGAUGAGUACAAAGAGGCGCAGCAUAUCAUCGAGGUGUUUAAGGAAUUCAUGUACCUUAACGGGCAGUUCGUGUUCGGAGAUGCUUUUCCGUUCUGGAUCGUCAGGUGGGUGGAGUUUCAGCGCCGGGUGGUUAAGGAUAUGGGGAGGAUUAUGAAAGAACUGGACACCAUUCUUCAGCGGUGGUUGGACGAGCACGUCGACGCGCGGCGGAAGCGGUCGUCGGCGGCGAACGAGUCCGGGAAGAAUGAUCAUCAAGAUUUCAUCGACGUCAUGCUUUCUAUGAUCGACGACGACUUUGCUCGGGGACUUGCUUAUCCUCCUGAAAUAAUCAUCAAGGCAACAGGAUUGAGUAUGAUCAUUGAUGGGUCGGAUACUACGGCGGUGCAUUUGACAUGGCUAUUGUCGUUGAUAGUGAAUCACCCCGAUGCAAUGAAGCGUAUCCGGGAGGAUAUAGACUCAAAAGUCGGCAAAGAAAGGUGGGUUGAAGACGGGGACAUUAAGGACAUGGAAUACCUUCAAGCGGCGGUGAAAGAGACGCUGCGGUUGUAUCCGCCGUUGCCGACGUACGCGCCGCACGCGGCGACGGAGGACUGCAAGGUCGGCGGUUACGACAUUCCGAAAGGGACGCAUCUGUACGUGAACGCCUGGAAAGUGCAUCGGGACCCGCGGAUUUGGCCGGAACCCGAGAGGUUCAUGCCGGAGAGGUUCCUGACGGCGGCGCAGGCGGAUGCGCCGUGGAGGAACUUCGAGUACAUCCCGUUCGGCGGCGGGAGGAGGUCUUGCAUCGGGAACACGUACGCGAUGCAGGUGUCGCACCUCACGGUGGCGCGGUUGAUUCAGGGAUUCGAUUUCGAGACGCCGUCGGAAAAGCCGCUGGAUAUGAGCGAGGGUUUGGGGAUUACUCUGCCGCGCGCGACGGCGUUGGAUGUCGUCAUCACGCCUCGCCUGCCGCCCAGCUUCUAUGGACUCUAGUCUUCAGGUGUAAACUCUUGGCCAUAUCAAUGGCGUGCAGUGCGAUCUUCUUUAAUUUGUGUAAUGUUAUUUCUUGUUUCGCCCAAUAAAAUAAUACUCCUUAUCUCCCGAAAUAUUUAAUUUGUCUCAAAAAGUUAACUCCAUUUUUAUUUA